GUCAGGCUUGGAUGGAAAAGACGCAAGGCCCUCAAUUGGUUGGCAGGAACACUUGCCUUUGUGUCUGAACUCCUAUGCCAAACCCCUAGGUGUAGGAAAACGUUCUCUAAAAAAGAUGCAGACUAUGCGACUUCAAGCGUUCAAGCCUGCCUGUGUUGGCCGGCAGCCUCGUCUGGUGGUGGCCAACUCGGCUGUUGCCCAACCUGUGACCAUUCCCUAUAAGGCUGUUGAUGGCAGCGAUAAGGGUACCCAGCAGCUGGCGCUGAAGGUGGCAGAGGAUACAGCGAAGGGCCUUGUCCACCGCUACACGGUUCUGGUCCAGCAGAACGCUCGCCAGGGCACGGCUAGCACCCUUACUCGCUCGGAGGUGCGCGGUGGUGGCAAGAAGCCCUACUCCCAAAAGGGUACCGGCAAUGCGCGUCGUGGUAGCAGCGUGUCGCCUCUCUUCCCAGGAGGUGGCGUCUCCUUCGGCCCAAAGCCCAAGGACUGGACCAUCUCCAUGAACAAGAAGGAGCGUCGGUUGGCCAUGGCGACAGCUCUGCAGAGUGCAGCCCCCGAUAUGAUCGUUAUUGACAGCCUAGAGGGCCAGCUGGAGGACAAGAAGACGAAGUCCAUGGUGUCGCUCUUGGAAAGGGUUGGCGUGGACGUCAUGGAGCGGAAGGUGCUCCUGAUCACCAAGUCGGAGCGGCCAAACGCCACGCUGGCGGGCCGCAACAUUGCCAAGCUGGCCAUGAACACCUCCAGCACCAUCAAGGUGCUCGACGUCCUGAACGCUGACCGCAUCGUGAUCGAGGCUGAGGCUCUGGAGCACAUCCAGUCCUCCUUCGGCGGCCCUAAGGCGGACGAGCAGUAACUGCUGGUUCGCACUUGUACACAAUGCUUAUGGGCGCAGCACUUUGAGAGUGCAGCUGCAGCCGGGAGCCAGCAAUCCAGCUGCCUGGAGCACAGCGCUUGAGGAGUUUUGCGUUGCUUAGCAGCUGCUCUUAGUCGAACCGGAGCGGAGCGGGGGGGGCAAGGGCGGGGCGCAGAGGGCUGGUGCAGCCGCUGCUGUGCCCUCAUGCUAUGAGCGCGCUUCCAAAGUGGUUGUGAGCAGAUACGCACCCCAUCCGCUGCUUGCGCCGACCUUGUUCCAUGCAGCUGGGAUGCGCGAGGGGCAAAGUCCACAGCAGCUACCGACUGUUGGAGUUUGGAGGUGAAGCGGCGGGAGUUGGGCGGGUUGCAUUCCUCCUCGACACUCGAAACGUAGCUCGUGUUGACUGGGGUGCUUCUCUGUAGCAGCUACAUGGUUUGGGAAGAGAGACGGGUUUGAAGCAGGGGGGUGUUUGGCCGCGCGUGCCCCUGCUAGGGCUCAUGCAACGCAGCAGUUUUGUUCUCUAAGCUACGUUUGCAUGGGGGCCCUCGGGGGCCCUAGCAUGAUACCGAAUGCUAAGGCUCCUGUUAUGUGGGAUGAUGAGCGCUGUCGCGUUUUGUGCUUUGCCGCAGCGGCAAAGGGAAAUCAGGGAGCGGGCCAGAGUAGAUAGGGGUGGGUUCGGCUAUCGGAUUCAAGCUUUCUGACCCUCUUCUUGAAGGGAUCGAGGUGAUGAUGUGGGUUAGGGUUGCUUGACGCGACGGCUCGGUAGUGUUGUUGCAAGUUGGUAGCUUUUGGCAGCUCGGUGUUUCUUCAGGGUUGGUAGGCUUCCCAGCUCCAGUCAGUGGCUCUCACCAAGCGGUCGUAAGCGACGGCAGCAGCCUUGGCUCCCUGCCUUGCGCACGCCAUAAAUCCAUAAUGCCGUACCCUAAUCGUGAUUUUUCUGUAACCGUUGGCAUGUCAUGCCUAAACGAGUAGGGGCAAGAGUCUACACGGUCCAAAGCGAUGGAUGUCACGACGAGCCUGCGGGGCCGGGGAGCUCCGUGUGGCUUGGAAGCGGAUUGUCCUCUGCUAGCGGUAUCGGCGGUCUGCGGUUUGUCGAGCGUUGAGGCAUUUUGCUGUCCCUGUUUCCCAUGGUUGUGUUUAAGUUCAGACUCUCAUAAGAGAUCGCGAG